AUGAAGCGGCUUUGGCGCCCCGUCCUCCUUCUUCUGGGCUUGUCAGGCUUGGGUCUGGCAUUUAAAGUCCUGAACUUCGAGGAUCCUGAGGAGGAGGUGGAGUUGCCGGAAGAUGAGCUAGAGGCGCCCGUUGGCGCGGUUCCACUCUAUGCCCAGCUGGCGGCAGCCAUUCCUUUGGUGUGCAUUAACCUCACGAACUUUACAGGUCUCAUUAGCGACAAGAGUGCCCCACACAACGAGAACAUCACCUAUCACUUCGGUUUCCUCGAGAGUGACCUGGCGAUGUUGUCAGACAAAGUCAGCGGCUAUUACACCGUUCUGCACGAGAUGUUGGGAGAAGCGGGGCCGACGCUCUGCCCACGUGACAAGCAGAGCCACAUCAAGGAAUGCCUCAUGAUGGCCACGUGCCUUUUGCAAGAGCACGUGCCGGAAGACAUCGAGCUGGCACAGUACACGACAUACAUGGAGGUGAUCACGGCCUUCGUGGAGAUCGGCUGGCCGGUCUUGAAGAAGGGCUUGCUCUUUGAGGAGCUUACUCCCACCUUGCACCACGACGAUGUGGCCCCAGCACAGUACCAAUGCGACGAGCUCCAACAUCCAGAAACACCUUUCGGCCACCCUCCAGCCAAUUUGUUGCAAAUGGAUGCAAGGGCUCAGCGCACCUUUGCGACGUCCCAAGCUUUGAGCCAGGCCUCCAAACAGACGCAUGAGGUCUUGGAUGCACACGAGAAGGAGAGCGCAGAUGUGGACAUCACGGUGCAGAAGCUGCACCAGGUUUGGCAUCCCAUCUGCAAGGACCUCAAGUGCGAUCACAGCAACUUCUGGGACCUGCAUUUUGCCUCGCACGGGCAAACCGCUGCGCUCGUGAAGCUGAACUCCGCACCACAUGUCCGCGCAGAAAUUCAGCAGCGUUCACGCCUUCAGCAGAGGGUCCUGCGCUUUGUGGAGGACAACCACGGCUACUACGGAAAGCUCAGAAACUCGAGCUCCCCUGGCCGAAAGUUCCUGGACCCAUCAUUCAUCCAGGCCUCUUCCAGGAAGGCCUUCCAGCGCUAUGCCAGCAAAGGCCGCGAGUCCAUGAUCAGGUUCGUCAUCCCUGUCAUGAGAUCCCUCGCCAGCACCGAUGAGACGAGGGCCCUGCAGCUGCUGGACCAGGUGGAGUUUCGGAAGUUUCAGAAGCGAAAGGCUGGACACCGCCAGCUGCAACAGGAGGACACACAUGAAGAGGAGGAGGAGGAGGACGAGGAGCACGGGCUCAGCAUGCUCAGCAGAUCGGCCGUUGACGACGCCGUGGAAGAAGAUGAGGAUGAGCCCGCCUACUUGCAGGUGUCCGAAGGUGAGGACGAAGAGUUGGAGUCAGAGUCCGAAGACGAGGGUGGUCGUCGUCGCAGACGUCGUCGUAGGCGCCGCAGGAGAUGGAUCGGGGGCCGAAGACGGCGACGACACCGGAGGAGGAUCUUCGAAGCGGCCGUGGCUGCCGUGGCGAAGGUUGUAGAGGAUGUCGUGGAGUUCAUGGCGGAGGGCCUUGCUUGCAUUGGCACUGCCGCCGAGUUCACGUCCACGGGCUACUCCUACGAGGUUGUCCCAGGGGCUGUAUCCUUGAACAUGGGGCUUUCCUCUGGCUCUGGGCAGAGCCUGGACAAGCUGGUGAGGGGCCAUCCGCCUGUGGCCUUCAUCUCUGUGGAUUUCGGCUUUGCCGUUGGAAUUACAGCCAAGUUAACUUGGAGUGGUGUUGGCUUGGGAGGAGGGGUUGGCUGCAACGUGGACGGCUGCUCCGCCUACAUCACGGUCGCAGCUGUUGGCUCUGUGAACCUGCCCAUGGUCACUGCAGCCUGUCCCUUCGGGGCUACACUGGGUUCUGCCACGUGUGCGCAAGCCUUUGGAGGCGGCAUCUCGACCUUGUGCUGCAACAUGAACCUUCAGACCGGCAGCAACGAUUGUCGCUAA